CAUCACGCCUCAACACAACCCUGAUUCGUAUAUCGAACUCUUCAGAUACACAGCUACUGAUCUGUAUACGUCAAUCGGCUUGAUAGGUCGAGAUGACCACUCCGUCGCCAACUAAACGCGUCCCUUUGGGCGAGCUUCCUCCCAACGCGAUCUCACCCAGACCAAGAUCACCCAGAGACUUCCUCAAAACUAAAGAUGCUGUAGUCGAGAUAUUCAGACCCGGUAGCCCACUGAAACAGACCUAUCUAGCGGAGACCCAGUCUUCGGGCGGUCCAGAAAUCGAGAGCAGGGGCAAGAAGAGGAAAGCUGGAGAUGACAAUGGCGUUUAUGCAGAGGAAGCAAAAGUCGUUAGCCCUGUGCUACUGAGAGGUUCAAGCGAAGAUAUGCCUGCGGCAACAGAGAUAGAGACAACCAGCACCAUUUACCAACACCACCCAGCCCAUGAACAUGAUAGAUCGGGAUCAUCAACGCCUACACCAGACAAUCAAAUCACCCCGCAGGAAAGCUCUGCUUCAAAGAUCAGUGGCUCAUUCUCCUCCCUCAUUGAUUACGACCCCCGUGGUUCAAGCCAACGCGGCAGCUCUCCGACCGACUGCACAACCUGCGAAGCCCCCGCCGCACUCGUGAGCAUACAAUCUAAAACAGAGAUGCUCCGUCUCCGCCUCCGCGUCGCCAUGUAUAAGGUCCAGACAAACCAGACGCGUCUUCCUCUCUAUGCUUUGACCCUUCCCGCACCUAAGCCGAUCACUCCUGAAGUCUGGUCGCGUACGCCUUCCCCCAUGCAGACGACACCACGCAGUCGUAGCUUACCCGCGGAGUCGGCGGGAAUCCAGGAACGUAGGGCAAAGAGCAACGAGGACAGUCUUGCGACGCCGGUUGCAAAACGUUUGAGACUGGGUGCUGAUCUAGACGAAGAGAUCAAUGCUAAAAGGGAAGAGUCUGGAUGGGAUAAGUUAACGAGUAGCGUGGUCAAGGGGAAGAUUGCUGCGGGGCUCUUGGAGCUGAGACGAGCUAGUUAGGGGAAUGUACUGGUGUUGCGGGGGUAGUUUGCCUGCACGAUGGCAUGAAGAUGCCUGUUGAUAUACCAUCUUGCGCUAGUCGGUUUAAAGCAUGUACAUACCAGCGUGGCAUAAACUUCAAUGUGGAUAAUACUGUAUAUACAGGCAACAUCACUUAAUCUGCAUGCUAAGACACAACGACAGUUGGCGGCUCUAGCUGCGGCUGUGGUCUUUGUCUAGCAACAAGGGGUUGCAAAUGCGUAGAUCGCCUCUCACUAAAACUCACACAUCUGACCCGUCUCUAUAACCACGAAUAGUAGCUUUAUACCAG